AUGAUAGAACAUAUAGGACCUACUCAACGGUGGCUGGAUGCUGAAUAUCUAAUUAGUAAAGUAUUCCGCGAUACAAAGCACAAGGAGACCCAGGGCGAUGUCGAUGACGACGGCAAGGGCGUGCAGCUCACGGACGGGGGCAACACCACGAGUAGCUGUUUCUUCUACAAGAACUCAUGCGAGUGUGUGCCCUAUAAGUAUAUCAUCAUCGAGGCGGGCGACACCAAGUUCGUCUCGGUGCCGGACAACUUCCAGGGCCACAUCAUGCGCGGCACGCCCGACAGUAACCUCGACGGCAACGCACCCCAGCUCGGCACCUGGCUCGAGUUCAGCAUCGACACCGACGGCAACGGCUGGAUCGACAUCUCGCUUAUACAGCAUUGA